AUGGUUUCUCGAAAAAGCAUAAAAUCGUCGGUUUCCUCUGUCAAAUCGCAAAACAAGUCCUUAAACGAGACUCAAGGAACUCUGCAGGACGAUCAACAUGACUCCAGACAGUCCCCAACGAGCUGGUCCAUUUGGGGCGCGCGGAAGGAAGGCGCUGGUCGUGUUCAACAAGAGUCACUUCACAAUGCAGAGGAAGAUAGUGGAGGUUGGUGGCGAAAACCUUCGAUAAGUUCCCUUCGCGGUGGUCUGCCGAAGAAAACGGAAGCGCUGCCAGAUCGACGCCGGACUGGUACGCCAGAAAGAGACAUUGAUCAGGAUCAGCUGUUGCAUGAAGGAAUCGGGGAAACUACGGGGCUUUCAGAUAACGAAGAACCCAGAAGACGGACAUGGUCUUUUUGGCGCAAUAAAAACGAAGAAGCCGGUGCCGGUCAGCCUAUCGAUGCCAUCAACGCAAGCCAGCCCGGGUCUAGUGGGCAGCUGAAGCCAAUCAUCAACGAACUAAUCACUUAUCCCGAUGAUGCGAUUCUUUUCAAAACCAAGUCUAAGGAGGAGAUAGAGCGGGAACAAAAUUUGAAAAACGAAAAUGAGGAGCUGGGCUUCAAUAAGAACAUUUUAGUUCCAAACUUCGAUAUAUUACCACCGCUAACGACGUUAGCAUCCCUGUACAUCAGCGUCGCGCGUCAAGGUCACAAAUGGAACCUGCUACGAGAAAGCACAUUAAAACAAAGAUCACUUUACAAAAGACCCGCGUCGGUCACUCUUGAUGCCUUAUGCAGAUCGGCAAAACCACCCAAAGUUUUGAUUAUUGGCGUACAUGGGUUCUUCCCACACAAGAUGAUAAGACCGCUCAUUGGAGAACCAACGGGCACAUCUACCAAAUUUAUAACAGAGGCCGAAAAAGCGGUUAUUCGAUGGUUCAAAGAGAACGAUACGCCCGUGGAGAUCGGCAAGAUAGCUCUCGAGCGUGAAGGAAAGGUUUCCGAUCGGGUCGCGUUUUUCUUCGAAGUUCUCAAAAAAUGGUCUACCCAGCUCAACGAUGCAGACUUUGUUUACUUUGUGGCACACUCUCAGGGCUGUCCUGUCACAUUAAUUUUGCUUGCACAACUAAUAGAAUCGGGCCUAAUUAACCCAGAAGCUCUCGAUUUAGGCGAUAACGAGUUUCGCGUCAAAGCAAAACCUACCGACAAAGUUAUUAGCGUCCUAGCAAUGGCUGGUGUUAAUAAUGGUCCCUUCUAUGGUGUCGAUCAGACCCUUUUUGUGAGGGCUUAUUCAACCAUCGAAAACGACUCGCUAAGAGAAUUGUUCCAAUUUCAGAACUUCGAUUCGACUUUGGCUAAAAAGCUCAUUCAAAGUUUGCGUCUAGUUAUCGCGAGCAACGUGAAAAUAACUUUUGUGGGGUCUAUAAAUGACCAACUGGUCCCGCUCUAUUCGUCCACUUGUCUCUUUGCACACCAUCCUAAUAUUUUCCGAGCCACAUUCAUUGACAAAGACUCAAGGACACCUGCAUUUAUCACAAAAAUCGUUGAGACAGCUAACAGCUUGAAUAAUUUAGGAUAUGAUGACCAUGGUAUCAUCAAAGAGAUAAGCUCUUCUUUGGCAGGUACUUUAACCGGUGGGGGCCAUUCCAAGAUAUACAACGAGGGCCAAGUCUAUGAGCUAGGGAUUAAAUUUGCGAUGGAGACAACUAAUAUGGCUCAAGAUACUCCAGUAAGCUAUCGAACCUACGAAGUUGACCAGCUGGGAUCCAAUCCUUAUCAUCUUCCCUGGUGCAUGCGGGGACUGCUUUUCGAAACGAGUACGCAUUUGGGGCACAGUCAUAUCGACGAAUUGUUCAAAGCAUUUGAGGAUUGGGAGCCCGAUACUAAGCAACUGAAGGACGUCAAGUAUAGACUCAAUGGUUUGAGAUCCAGAUUAUAA